GGAAGUGAGUCACAGCGAGGGGCGCAAGCAGCGUUGAGGGAAAAAAAAACGUUUUAAUUGUUAUUGUUAGCAAAAGCGAGAAGAAGCGAGGAGGAAGAGGAGAGAGUGGUGUUUAUGUGGGAAAGGUGAAAGAAGAGUCAGACCAAGUCAGAAAGGGAAAGCAGAGCGAGCGCACGACGAUGGAAAACGGAAACGUGAACGAUGCAGAACCCAGCGCCAGGAAGCAAACAGGUUCACGCGACCAGCAGUCGAUGAAGAACGAGGAUGGGUAUGAAAUCUCCAUCCCCUUUGAGGAGAACAACUUUGAGCAGCCGGGCUUUUUUAACCAGAAUGAGCAGAUGUUUGAAGAGUCGUCAUCUGGGCCCCCACCACCUGGCAGCUCCUACCUGCUGAUCACAAACCUGCGCACACAGCUUCAGAUCUCGCUGGAGAAGAACUCCUGGCUGCAGAAACGCAUCGAGGACCUGGAGGAGGAGCGCGACUUCCUGCGCUGCCAGCUUGACCGCUUCAUCUUCUCCACUAAAAGCCAGGAGUGCAACGGUGAAGAGAGAGGAGCCAAUAACUCAAGAACUUUCACUUGGGGAAGGAGGAGAGCAAGUGAAAGGGACCAAAAGCCCGAGCCUCAGACCACCACCCUCCGUCAAUCAGUCCGCCGAAGGAGCGCACCACCAGCUCAGCCAAAGGCCAAAAAUGCGUGUUCUAGCCAGAGCAGCCAUCCGAUGGGAUCAGUGUACUCAUCCGCACAGUCACAGUCUCUCCUGCAGGGCCAAGCCGGGAACAACAACAGGCAGAUGCCUGACAUACCUGAGUCCCUGUCUCUACUGGGAGAGGAAGAGUUCUUGGAGGAUGAUGGUUACCUGGAGGAAGAGGAAAUGAUGUCAGGGGAGGAAGUGAUGUCAGACAGCAUGACCUUAAGGAAUCUGGGGUCAGGUGGACGUUCCAUGGGCGGGCAUCCUGGGAUGAAGAUGAGAAGGGUCUUCCGAAUUCCUCGAGGGAGGGAGAGAGUCAAAGACACGGCAGGGGUGCUUUUCCGCUACAAAAAGAUCCUGGUGACAUACCAGCGGCUGAAGAACAUGUCUAAGGCGUUCCAGAUCCACGGAGUUGACCGCAACACAGUGGCCUCCACCACACCCAUUGCAGAGCUGCUGCUGGUGGCCCCUGAGAAGGUGGCGGAGGUGGGCGAGUUUGACCCCUCCAAGGAGAAGCUCCUGGACUACGCCCGCCGUUGCUACAUCGCUUUGGAUGAGCAAACACUCAGCAAAGUUCAGGCGCUGAAGAAGAACAACCUUCUGCUGCCCAUCUCCUACAGGUUGAAAGGAGGAGAGGGACGGUAAUGGGAUCAAUGCUACUCUGAAACGCAUCUGCUGUACAAUAAUACACGAC